AGUUGUCUUGGUCAUCUUAAAAGGUAUGGGCCAAACCUCUUUCUAGUUGGAGGACAAUAAUGGGGUCCACGUAUUCCCUCAUGGCUCAAUAAUGGGGUCCACGUAUUCCCUCAUAGCAGUUUCCACGGCUGAGAUUCCUCCACGUUCCAGUCACAUGUGCCUUUCAUCAUCACAUUCCACUCAUGGCUCAUCUUCCUCCACGAUUCACAAUUUCUAACCGUCGAUUCUGUAAAAGAUCUGAUGGCUCUACUUUACUCAUCUCUUUCCUUAGGAAUUCUACUCGCAGCUGUUGGAUUCUUCUCCCUCCUCUCGCAAGUCCCGCUCUUUUUCCUUCCUUCGAAGAUAGAAUCUCUACGGAAGUAAGGAAAAUGCAGGAACAAACGACUAGCUCUUUAGCUGCAAACUCUCUACCAUCAAGUAGUGAAAGAUCAUCAAGCUCUGCUCCACCAUUAGAGACCAAAGAAGGAAUGGAAAGCGACGAGGAGAUACGGAGAGUGCCGGAAUUCGGAGGAGAGAUCACCGGAACAGAAAACGCCGGCCGGAAUUCGGCGUCGGCGGCUGGUCAGGAGCAGGUUCAGACGACGGGGGGAGAAAGACAGAGGAAACGCGGGAGAAGCUCAGCUGAUAAAGAGAACAAACGGUUAAAGAGGUUGUUGAGGAACAGAGUUUCAGCUCAGCAAGCAAGAGAGAGAAAAAAGGCUUACUUGACUGAUUUGGAGAAGAAAGUGAAAGACUUGGAGAACAAAAACUCUGAGCUUGAAGAAAGGCUCUCAACUUUACAGAACGAGAACCAAAUGCUUAGACAUAUUCUAAAGAAUACUACGGCUAAUAAGAAUAAGAGGGGAGAUAAUGGUGAUGGUUCUAAUCCUGAGUCUUGACGCAAGUGUUUGACCUUCUUCUUAUGUUUUUUGUUUUGUUUUUUGUUUGUUGUGGAUAAUGUGUUUUUAGAUAAUCCGUCUCUGA